GCGAGAAUGUGUUAAAGUGUGCUGUUGUGACAAAGGUACUGUUUUCACAUUGGAAAAUGGAAUUCCUGCCUAUGUGCUGCGAAACGAUUCCGGAAGAAAUAAGAGCGAAAGUGGAAAACGAAAUAAACGAAACGGAAGAGAACAUCAGAAAUGGUUUAAAAAGUCUCAAAGAGUUUCUUAAGAGAGAAAAUAUUCGAUCGAGGACGGACGAUGCCUUUCUGCUGUGGUUCUUGCGUGCUCAGAAGUACAAUAUUAAAAAAAGUCAGGAGAAGCUGAGACGCUACUGCACCAUGAGACGAAACAUACGGGAACUGUUAGAAGGCACUAACAUCGACAAGAUACAAGAAGUCCUAGAUCGGCAAAUGGUUGGAGUUCUGCCGCACCGAGACAAGCAGGGAAGGACCGUGAUUUAUACAAGGGGGUAUGCCUGGGAUCCCAAACAAAUUGAUUUAGACGAUGCAGCUCGAUGUGCUAUUCUCUUGAUCCACUUCUGCCUCUUGUUCCCAAUGACUUCCAUUCGUGGUUUUAGCUACAUUGGCGAAGCAAGAGUCAACUCCAUCUUGGACAUAUACUCAAUAUAUAAAAUACUCAUGGCACAUGUUUCCACUGUGACGGCGAUGCCUUGCAGAUUUCAGAGAGUGGAUGUUUUAAACGAGAACAAAUUGUUUCACCAUCUUUAUAUAGCUGCAAAACCACUUCUUCCUUCCAAGCUAACUAAGCGGAUUUUCCUAAGAGGAAAGAACUUGGAACACUUGAAAGAAAACUGUCACCCAUCUAUUCUUCCGUACGAGUUCGGUGGUACUAUGGGACCUCUUAGCAACGAAAGUUACCGAGAGAAGUUUUUAGAAUUUGUGCAGAAGAUGAAAUCAGAUUGUGUCAAUUUUGUUGAUUAACACACUGCAGCGGUCUCCAGAAGAAAAAAUGGAAACAUUUGAGCAUCAGAUUUAAUUUGCCUUUAUUGAAAACUGAUUUCCUCUCCACAAGAAACAACAACGUGUAUAUCUUCAGGUUUUUCUUCUUUCAGUUGGAAUUGCUUAUGACAUCUCAUGCAGUCCUACUUGCAUAUAAAGCGCGAAGGGAGCACGAUAUUUGCUCCCUAUAACAAAAUCCUCUUAAAAAACGAC